CGUUCUAGACUGGCUGCUGCUAUCCAAGAUCGUGAUCAAAGUCAGACAUCUAAAAGGGAACGAGAACUUGCUUUCCAGAGAGCAAGUGCUGAGAGGUUUCAUUUACAGGAAAAAAUGAAUUUUAAUAUAUCUGUCCUAAAAGAUAAGAAUGAAUUUCUUUCUCAGCAAAUUUCUAAAGCUGAAAGUAAAACUGAUAGCCUAGAAAUUGAGCUCCAUCGCAUAAGAGAUGCUCUCAGAGAAAAUACUUUGGUCUUAGAAUGUAUGCAAAGAGACCUAAGCCAAAUACAGUGUCGAAUGAAGGAAAUUGAACACUUUUAUCAAAAUGAACAAAGCAAAGUGAAUAAAUGCAUUGGAAAUCAGGAAUCUGUAGAGGAGAGAAUAUCUCAACUGCAACGUGAAAAUUGUUUUCUUCGACAGCAACUGAAUGAGGCUCGCAACAAAGCUGAUCAUAAAGCAAAGAUAGUAAUUAAUUUCCAAUGCCAGUGUUGUGGUACUGUAAGAACACUUCAAGUUCAGAGUGAAAAAACAACUCUUAUACUAGAAAAGAGAAGCGAGCAGUUCAUCAAUGAACGUAAUCAUUUAAAAGAAAAACUGCGUCAGCAUGAAAAUGAGGAAAAAAUAGAAGUUGAUGAUCUUAGAGCACAACUGGAAGCUACAUCCUCAGAAUGUCUACGUCUGGAUGAAGAGAGUCAAGUUCAACAGGAGUUACUAUCUAUGAAAAUAGGACUAAAGAAAUGCGAAGAACUAGAGAAGGCAAAAAAGAAGUUGGAACAAGAAAUAGUAAACCUCAUAAGCCAUAUGGAAAUGAACAUGGUAGAACGUGGUGAAUUGGAACAGUAUGAACGGGAGAUUAAAGAAAGAGCAAGACAGGAGAUAUUAGAAAAAUUAGAAGAAGUCAAUCUGUUUUUACGG